AGCCUUCUUUUUGACGUUGAAUACGGAAGUGAAAUCCUGGUUCAGUGUUUUCCUGCUUCGUUUCUGUCAGGUGAAAGUGUCUUUAUCAACAGGUGACAAACAUGACGGAGCCCACUAAACACGACAUUUCUGCCAUCUUUAAGCGUCUACGCGCCAUUCCUACGAAUAAGGCAUGUUUUGACUGCUCUGCGAAGAACCCAAGCUGGGCAAGCAUCACCUAUGGUGUUUUCCUGUGUAUUGACUGCUCAGGGACACACCGUUCUCUAGGGGUGCAUCUAUCCUUUAUCAGGUCUACUGAACUGGAUUCCAACUGGUCCUGGUUUCAGCUGCGUUGCAUGCAAGUCGGAGGAAAUGCCAGCGCUUCUGCCUUUUUUAACCAGCAUGGUUGCACUACCAGUGAAACCAAUGCCAAAUAUAACAGCCGUGCAGCCAAGCUUUACAGAGAGAAGAUCAAGACUAUGGCUACUCAGGCCACCAGACAGCACGGCACUGAGCUCUGGCUGGACAGUCAGGCUCCUCUCUCCCCUACAUCUCCUGUGGAAAAGCAGGAAGACUUCUUCAGCCAGCACACACAGAAUGAUGGAAGUUCCUUUCUGCAAAAUCUUAAUCAACCACAGGAAACAACCUUGCAAGACAGAAAUAAUAAUGAUGAUCAAGAAGGCCCUUCCGUUGAGCUUCUCAGUGUUUCUCCAAAAGCUGUUCUAGAGCCUUCCAUAAUCAAAAAGAAGCCUGCAGCGGCUAAAAAAGGGCUGGGUGCUAAAAAAGGAGGUUUAGGGGCUCAAAAAGUGAGCAGCCAGAGUUUCUCAGCGCAGGAGAAGAGAGCUCAGGCUGUGGACAAACUCCGUGAAGAGUCCACCACUGAGAAGAUCGCCAAGCCCGAAGAGCCAGUUGUGGCAUCUCUGAGGCUGGCCUAUCAGGAUCUGGAGCUCCAGAGAAAGAAGGAUGAGGAGAAGAUGCGAGGGCUUGAGGGCAAGAAGAAGGAGCAGGCAGAGAGGCUUGGAAUGGGGUUCUCCAACAGGAGUGGAGUGUCUCACUCUGUUCUUGCGGACAUGCAGACAAUUCAGCAGGAGACUCCCACUAUGGCCCAAUCCUCCACCCGUUCCAGGAAGUACAGUGAGGAUGAUGAUGAGGAAGAGGGAUACUUCUUCAUUCGAACCUCCUCCAAGUAUACUAAUGUUGAGCCCCAGUCAUCUGACCAGUUCUUCUCCCAGUGGGAGGACAUCAAGAAGAAAGAAGUCAAGAAACCAGAGCCUGAUAUUUAUUUGAGCUCCAAGACAUCAUCAUUCGAAGACAGGACUACAGCCAGGAGAAAAGCGGAGCCAGGACCGUUACCUGUCUCUGAUGACGCCCAAAAGAAAUUCGGUGGUGCAAAAGCCAUCUCCUCUGACAUGUAUUUUGGUAAAGAGGACAACACUGAGUAUGAAGCAAGGACUCGACUGGAGCGUCUCUCAAACAACUCAGCUAUUAGUUCAGCAGAUUUGUUUGACGAGCAGAAGAAACAAACUAGUAGCUCAUACAGCCUGAGCAACGUGCUGCCCAGUGCUCCGGAUAUGACCCAGCUAAAGAUGGGUGUCCGCUCUGUGGCUGGCAAACUGUCCGUCAUGGCCAGUGGAGUGGUUUCAACUAUACAGGAUCGCUACAGCACAUGAGCAUAUAGAGUAUAGGGAAGGAGGAAGAAGGACAUCUUAAGACAGCCUCUCAGCAUAAAGGAUUGCAAGAGUAUGCCCAUGUGUAGGCCCCAAAUGCAUUACAAUCAGAUAUAAUGCAUAUAUUGUAUGUAGCUUCAUUGAGUAGAUAUGCAGGUGGCCAAUUAUACAUAGAGUUAAAUGUUCAGCUCUAUUGGGAACUAAAAUGAAGGGGAACUCGAAGAGCUUCAGGGUUUUUUUUUUUUAACAAAAUUGGGAUUGGUUUUUCGGGCACUUUUUUGUUAAAUGAUAAAAAGCCAAAAUAAUUUUUGCUUUUUGUAAAUAAUCUGUGUAUUGUUUACAUAUUUGUUUUUGAAACUGUUACACAUGGAUUAUGCCAGAUUCGUCAUUUAUAAAAAAGAAAGCUGAUCAGAAUGGAUUUCUAGUGCAAUUAAACAGCUUUAUUUUUGUAGGUGUUCUUCUAUCUGUGGAUCAUAGGGAAAAACACAGUGCUAAAUAUGAUUGGAUAUACUGUAUGUACCUUCUGUUAGUUGGCACUAUGGGGUUUAUACCAUAUAAUUACAGAAAAUUGAGUUAAUAAGUAGCUUGUGUUCCAAUAAUUAAUGUCUAUUUAUGGGUGAGAGACCGAGUUGUCCAUCUGUGGUGCUGCAUGUCUGUGGUCACCAGUUUGGUGAUUUGCUUACUCUGAUGCACCUUCUGAACUCUGCCAUGGUCCUGAACUGAAAAACCAAAUCCACUAAGAUCAGACAUGCUGGACCAGAGAUCUUUGUAUGGAUUAAUGUUGAUGAAGAUAACACAAAUUAUCAUGAGAGUCUAUUUACACCUGGUUCUUUCUUGCAUUUUGUAUUUGGAUUAUAAUAUUCAUUGCCAGAUUUACAGUUUGCAAUGUCAUGCAAUGGUAUCUCAGGCCAGUUACACUGGACCUCCAGCUUCAUGUGUCCGAUACCUGCUGUUUGAAAAAUCAUAGUCUUGCAUAAAUUUUUUUCAGCCCCACAAUUGCUGGUUAUUGGUCACUUGUGUUAUAUUAGAUAAAAUUUUCAGAAAAUAAUUUUUCUAAAAUCUCAGACUUCUAGAAGCAGUUUGAGAAAACAGAUCUCAAUGCAUCUUAGGCACAUUAAAUAAAUCAGAAACAAUAAUUCUGAUACUUCAUAUGUGUGAAAAAAUCCAAGUGUAAAUUGGCUCUAUUAUUGUUUAUGCCAUUAUUUUUUAAAGUUUAGAAUGCUUCCGUUGAUGUUCAUCAUUUGUUUAUACCGAUAGAGUAAGUCAUUAGUUUGCAUGGGCAUUUUUUUUUUUUUUGCUUCAUUUGUAAGCUACUUUUUGCACUACAAUAUUUAAAAAAAAAAAGGUAAAAGGCUAAAUUGUGUACACAUUAUGCUGAAGAAUUCCUAAAUCCAGUGACUGCUGCCAUACACACAAUUUCUUCUAAGAAGAAAGACUAGCAGAUGUGUGGAAGGUAUCAUUUAGAAGCAGUUUGUAGCUUUAUGCUUUAGCCAAAGUAAGCUGGUAAACAGCAUUUGCACUACAUAGGGAGAACUUUAUAGAGUGCAAAGACUAUUCAUGCCAUUGCAAUUAUAAUAAUUGAAUAUUCGAAUUGUGCUUUCAUCAAUAAAACUUUCAUUUUUGUGCAAA